AUGCAAUACGGUGAGCCACUCAUCUUCCUGUUUCUACGACGUAUAUUCACUUCAUUCGUAGUGCGCCUUGGCCAGUCUGGAUUGAAGGUCUCCAAGAUCAUCUUGGGAUGCAUGACCUAUGGUAGUCCGGAAUGGCAACAGUGGGUACUGGGGAAGGAGGAGGGGAUCGCUCAUAUCAAGGCUGCGUAUGAUGCCGGAAUUAACGCUUUCGAUACGGCCAACGUAUACUCCAACGGUUUGUCUGAAAUUAUUCUUGGAGGAGCUAUCAAGAAAUACGACUUUCCGCGGGACAAGAUUGUCGUCCUGACCAAGGUAUACGGAGUCGUCGGAAAUGAGCCUGGGACGCGUCUCUUCGGUGGCGCCACACCCGAUUCGUCGGGUUAUGUUAACCAGCACGGGCUUAGUAGAAAGCACAUCUUCGAUUCUGUGAAGCAUAGCCUGGAAAGACUACAACUCGACUAUAUCGACGUCCUUCAGUGCCAUAGAUUUGACAACAAUACUCCCAUCGCUGAGACCAUGAGAGCUUUGCAUGACGUCGUCCAAGCGGGCUACGUUCGUUACAUUGGAAUGUCAUCCUGUUACGCGUAUCAAUUUCACGCGAUGCAAAACUACGCCAUUCAGAACAACCUAACUCCAUUCAUCUCUAUGCAGAACCAUUACAAUCUCAUCUACCGAGAGGAAGAAAGGGAAAUGUUCCCCACUUUGAAGAUGUUCGGCGUGGGUUCCAUCCCAUGGUCCCCUCUUGCUCGAGGGAAGCUAACGAGGCCGUUCGACAAGCAAGGCGAUACGAUACGCGGGGAAACUGAUAGGCUUCUCGAACGAUACAGCGGAACGGACAAAACGGGUACCAUUAUUAACAGGGUAGAAGAGCUCGCAAAGAAGAAAGGAUUAACCAUGGCACAGUUGUCGAUUGCGUGGAUCCUCAGCAAAGAUGGUGUCUCUGCGCCGAUUGUGGGGACGACGUCGCUGGACAAUUUAAAGGAGCUUAUAGAGGCGACGAAGGUUGAGCUUACGGUGGAAGAUAUCAAGUUUUUGGAGGAGGAAUAUAAGCCAUUGGCUAUUUCUGGACACUCUUAGUAGCGAUGAGUUAUAACGGUGUUCGUGU